AUGCCGAAAUGUUCAGGCACCAAAUCUAGACAAGGAUCUGCUGGUUCAGCAGUUAGUGCACCCACUGAACUCCAGAAUGUACCCUCAUUAGAUCCCAUUCCUGCACCAGCACUGUCGGAUUUCGAUGAGGAGGAUGGGGAGGACCAACGUGAUGGUGAUACAACUGUAACCAUCACUACGAUAGUUACAGUGGCGACAGAGGACCCAGAGACAGAAACCAUACAACCUAGAGCAGAAGAAGACUCUUUUGACGGCCAAGAUGAUAGCAAUGCAGAUGAAGAUGAAGAGCAGGAGGGGGAGGAGGAGGAGGAGGAGGAGGAGAAGGAGGAGGAGGAGGAUGUGGAAUCAGAGGAUAGCACCGCAGAACAAGAUGAACAAGACUCUUUUACAGCCAAAGAAGAAGAGCAAGAUACCGCAAUAGAGCCUACAAGCACAAAUCCCAUGUAUAUCAUUUCCGCAGCAUCGUUCAAGCAACAGCAAACGACUAUACCAACCAUCAUAACAACAGCAACAGCAUCAACACAAGCACCGCCCUCAUCCUCAUCUACAUCCUCCGUCAACCAAUCCAACAGCAACACAUCAUCCAACAGCAACACAUCAUCCAACAGGACCACCCAAUUUACCAACACAUCAGACCCACUUGUCCAAUAUGAUCUAGAAUGCAAAGCAGACGAUGUCUAUUGUGCCAAAGUCAGUAAAGCAGUAGGAUCUGCUAUCGAUGAGUUCACUCGAGUCAUCAACGUCAAGAAUUCACUGUUGAUCAAGGUCAUAUAUUAUAGCUUUUGCGAGAAAACAUGUGCAAAUGGCACAUAUGGUUGGGGGUCACCUACAUCGCAAUUCACAUUACCCUUUGAGGAUGGGGCAGACCUGAAUUACGUUUAUCCGCAAGCACUGGCGAAACAAUUAGCGCCUUACAGUAGCACGUCCGUGUGGUCCAAAUAUGACAUUGAAAUAGAAAUCAACCACGAUGCGUAUAUGAAUGCAACAGAUAUCGAACAGGCCAUCGGUGAUGGAUGGAACAAGACGGGUACUCCGCCUAAUGGCAAAUACUGGUUUCAUAAUGAUACAAAUGCGCAGGGCAUCCUACGAGAGAUUGCAUCCCAUCAGAUUGAUCUUCGUUACGUCGUGCUACAUGAAUUAUUACAUGGUUUGGGAUUCCUGAGUAGCUGGGCUGCUUAUUUCUGGACAGAUGCCUCGCCAUUUCGCACACUUGUGGAUGGGGUGAUUGAUCCCAUUGAACUGCAACUGGUAACGCCUGGGCCCUACUGGUUUAUCAAUCAAGACACAGGACCAGCCUAUGUCACUGGAUUCCAGCCAAACAUGAUAUUUGACAAAUAUUUAGUGAAUGUGGACACAGAGCUGAAUGUCACGAGCACCUUAUCCCUAUCUGACCUUGCUUUCGAGAUGCAGGAUUUUUGUGUUCAGAACAGUAAUGCAUUUAUUGUCAAUUUUAUCCGGGCAUUCAAUAAGGCGAAUCAAUCGACUACAGCACACAAAUUAUGGGUCUCCAUGUCUCAGCCAGAAACAUUGACAUUUCAGUUCCAAGCACCAACCGUGAGCAACAGUAGCUAUAAUCUGAUACCCUAUUUGAAUCAAACGUAUCAGAGCAUGACAUUGUUGACCGGCCGAGAUCUGUCCAGUAGCUCAUACGAACAUACUGAUCCCACCAUGAAUCGACCUGGACUCAUGAUUUCGCACCUUGACGAUCGAUAUCAACACACACCUGACUUUCUAAUGACGGAGGAGUAUCAUAAAGGUAAAACAUUGGAGCAGCUGGUGGACAUUUACUAUGGCAACAUACCCAGUUUACACUACAAUGGUACGGCAUCCACGGGUAACAGUACCAUGGUGCAAUUGACUUACAAGUCGCCCAUUGGGCCUGGCAUUCUACGUAUGCUGGACUCUAUUGGCUAUUCUACCGUAUUGACAAGGACAAAUUACACGACAGACGGCAGUGUCAAGACAGCCAAGUCUCGGUCGAGUUGCGACGACAGCAAUACGAGUCAUGGUUUGAAAUCAUCGCCUACCCCUACAUCAGAUGGAUUACCAGUUUCGAGUCAGAAAUCUGUUGUUCUUGGAUCUCUAGCCAUAGUGUUUUCUUUAGUCUUAAUAAUGAAAUAA